CAGUCGCCACAACUCCUCCUCCCUCUUCUUUCUCUCUCUCUCUCUCUCUCUCUCUCUCUCUUUGUUUUCAGAAUCUCUCGGAGCUUUUUAACAACAAUGGCUGUUGAAGCUCAUCACUCGAACAUUUUCUCUCAGUUAAUAUCAUCAAACAGAGAUUGUGUUAAAUUCCAACAAAACAUGAAUCACGGCGAGUUUAAUCUCGCCGGCGGCGAAGUUCCGUUAAUAACCGGAAACUCUCUCACCGUUGAUCCUUUAGCUGCAAAAGCUAACGUCAACACUUCUUACAACUUCACUGCUCCUCCAACGUCUACAAAACGCCCGCGUGAUUUUCAAUACCGCGACUCAGACGCUCAGUUCGCGUCUGCGGUCAAACGGAGGUCCGUAGCGUUUGACUCAUCCUCGCCGUUGUCAUUGAUAAACGCUGAGUUCGUAUCUCAGAUCCAAAACCAACAACAGACGGAGAUCGAUAGGUUCGUAGCGCAGCAAACAGAGAAGCUUAGAAUAGAGAUUGAAGCUAGGCAACAAACGCAAACGCGGAUGUUUGCGUCUGCGGUUCAAAACGCUAUAACCAAGAAGUUAAAAGAGAAAGACGACGAAAUCGUACGUAUUAGGAACCUUAAUUGGGUUUUACAAGAGCGUGUGAAGAGUCUUUACGUGGAAAAUCAGAUUUGGCGCGAUAUCGCUCAAACAAACGAAGCAAACGCUAAUAAUCUUCGGACAAACCUAGACCAUGUUCUUGCUCAACUCGAAACGUUUCCAACCGCUUCAGCCGCUGUAGAAGAUGAUGCGGAAUCGAGUUGUGGAAGCUGCGGUGAUGGUGGUGGUGCUGAAGCGGUUACGGCGGUUAGUGGCGGUUGUAAACGGUGCGGUGAGAGAGAAGCAAGUGUGUUGGUGUUACCAUGUCGUCAUUUGUGUUUGUGUACAGUUUGUGGUGGUUCGGCUUUGUUACGAACUUGUCCGGUUUGUGAUAUGGUCAUGAACGCUAGUGUGCAUGUUAACAUGUCUUCUUGACCAUUUUUGUUUUCGUUCGUUACAAUUUAAUUUAUUUUGUAGUUAUUCUUCGUUAGGAUUUAAAGUCGCAAAGAAAUAGCAAAUUGAUUCUUGUCUUUUUGUAACUACUGGCUAUAAAUUAGUUUUUCGUUAAUUCUUAA